UGGGGAUGCGGAGCCAGAUGUAUUGGAGGAUACACAGGUCCACUGAACAAUGCCGCAACAUACGCAGCGUAGAUCAGAUUGGGAGGGGUGUGCGUGUGGAUGUGGACGUGUCUUAUCAUCAUCACUAUGUAUGUCCCGCCCGUACUUGAUGGUUCCCUCUUUUUUAUGGGCGUGCAGCGUGGUGCCGGCGGCUUCCAAGUAUCGUGCUUGGUAUGAAAUGCUGCACGACAUCUAACAUGCUUACGCAAGAGAGGGCUGAUCUUCCUCGACGAUUUUCCAGGGUUGUUGGCUCAUCGAUUGAGCUUCUUCAUUGUGGGUAACUUAACAAUCCCCCCCGUGUGUCUAAGAUCCCAGAGUUCCCAGGCACAGGGCCAUAUAGAUAUGUCAGGCAUAGAGGUCAACUAUCUUGAAACAUGGCACGGCACACCUUGGUAGAAGAGCUUUUCCGUUGUCAAUCUUGAGUACUUUAGAGGCAUUUAUGUAUUCUGUACUCCGUACUGUAUGCAGCUUGCUGUCCCAAUCAAUGUCCAAUCUUGUGGCAAUAAGCAAUAAGGAACAUGAACAGCCAAGCCGGAGGAUCUGCAUUGCGCGGAUAAUUGUUAAUUGGUGCAUAUUAAUUCUGGCUCAGGGCUUCUCUCCCCCCACUGCGAGCGAGUGCCGAGUGAAGUCACAACCUGGGAGCCUGGGAGCCUGGGAGCCUGCGACAGACAGCUUGGCCGAUCCCCAUGAUGACACUUGUUCAAUUGCUGUAUUUAUUUAUGAUGAUUUCAUUCACUGAAAAAGAGAGAGAAAGCCGUGUUCAUGACCCUUUGACUGGGGAAACUCUAGACCUACAAUAUUCAAUUCAGAUUAACUAGGGAGUUCAUGGACUGUGUUUCGUUAUUCAAACUCGCCUUCAAUAAUAAUUUUGGAAACACUUUCGCAGCGCAUUCUCAAGGUUGGAAGAGCUGUCGUUAACUAACCAUUGAGUUUUGGUAGCUAUGGCCAAGGCGGUUAGGUACUUCGUACUCCCCUGGCGGUAACACAGGGAUGGGAUGGGGGACGGCAGGCAUGGGGAGUCGGGGGGAGGCCCUGUUGAAACAUCCUUCGGUUUUCUGGAAUAUCAUUCUUCGCCAGGAUGGAUCCAUGAAUGCUAUGAAUAUCUCAAACGAAUGUGCCUCUUGAAACAAGCUCCUCUCUUUUUUCCAGCGCUGAUUCUUUUGCUGGAGUGAGUACAUUACAUCUCCCUCGUUCAUCUCAUUCUGCUCCGUACGCCAGUCAAAAAGAUAGAGAGAACGUACACUUUCAAAUUACGUCACUAGCAAGGAGAAUGGUUUGUGCUGCCAAAAAAGAAGUUUUGACGACGGGGGAUAGAUUUAGUAUAGUAGAUUCCAUGCAUCGUGAAGAGAGAGACCCAGGUACUUCUGGCUUCUCCAUCCAUCCAUAAUAUUUUUUCCCCUCCUAUUUCGCUCUUCACUCUUCAUGAUUAUUAUUAACUGAGCUUGAGCUUCGUGUCCCUCUGCUGCCCUGCUUUCUCUCCUCCCUAAACCAGUUGUGUUUUUUGGCCCCCCCUUAAAUAUAGUAAUGUAUGUACGUAUUUCAUCGGAAGUAACCAAGUGGGCCAAGACAAUCAGCAAUCAGAGACCAACCACCCAGGCCAAUCCUACGCCUGCCUGAUCCUCGACUCCUGGAACUGACUGACUGACUGGCCUCCCUUCCCUCUGGACCUAUUUUUUUUUAUAUUUUUUUUUCUCUCUUGUUGAACUUGCCAUUAACUAACCAUUCUCUUUUCAUAGCUUCUUCUUUUCUUGUCCUUCUUUUUUUGCUCUACCCACUUUCAUUAUCCUCCUCCUCCUUAACCUCCUCCCCCCGUUGUCGCCAUCCCACACACCAUCCAACUGGCAUCCAACGUGUUUGGUCAGAGUCCCCUCUACCGGUCGCGACCGUUCGACUUCCAACGGUUCCUCUCAGACCAGGUCCGUCGUACCUCUACCGCCAUCGCCAUGAGUGCUGAAGGGGAGAAGAAAGUGAGGACGUCAGGCGAGCAGUCUUCAGUCGAUUCCUCGAUGACCUCGUCCUCUUCUGGUCCCGUCCUGCCUGUCUCCAAUCUCGCGACAACCCCUGAGCCCCAGGCUGGGUUCCAUCCCGCUUUCUAUGUGAUUACGUGGAUUACGUUGAGCUCAAGUGUUAUCCUCUUCAACAAGAAACUCCUUGAUUCAAAAGAAAACAUUUUCCCAUUCCCGGUCAUUCUCACAACAUGGCAUAUGGCUUUCGCUUCCCUGAUGACCCAGAUCCUGGCACGGACCACCACCUUACUCGACGGUCGCAAGAAGGUCAAGAUGACUGGAAGAGUGUACCUGCGCGCCAUUGUGCCAAUCGGCUUCUUCUUCAGCUUGAGCUUGAUCUGUGGUAACAAGACCUAUAUGUAUCUUAGCGUGGCCUUUAUCCAAAUGCUCAAGGCAACCACCCCCGUCGUAACCCUCCUCGCUACCUGGGCAUUGGGUGUUGCGCCGCCAAACAUGAAAGUCCUCUUCAACGUCUCCUUCAUCGUUAUUGGUGUCGUCAUCGCCACAUUCGGAGAAAUCCAAUUCGUCAUGGUCGGCUUCAUCUAUCAGAUUGCCGGCCUAAUCUUCGAGGCCAUCCGUCUCGUCAUGGUCCAGCGUCUACUCAGCUCGUCGGAGUUUAAGAUGGAUCCCCUUGUCUCGCUUUACUACUUCGCCCCCAUUUGCGCGGUCAUGAAUGGAAUCGUCUCACUCUUCCUGGAAGCGCCAGAUGUGUCUAUGGAUAAUAUCUAUAGAGCUGGUAUCAUUACGCUAAUCAUGAAUGCCAUGGUUGCAUUCCUCCUCAACGUCUCUGUCGUGUUCUUGAUCGGCAGAACCUCCUCCCUUGUCCUCACCCUCUGCGGUGUCCUAAAGGAUGUCCUACUCGUCAGCAUCUCGGCUGCGUACUGGAAGACCCCCGUCACCCCCCUCCAACUCUUCGGCUACAGCAUCGCCCUCGGCGGCAUGGUCUACUACAAACUCGGGGCAGACAAAUUCAAGGAAUACGCCAGCCACGCCAAUCGCACAUGGGCGGAAUAUGGCAGCGCAAACCCCAUCCAGCGCAGAUUGAUUGUUAUCGCAGGCAGCUUUUUGUUUGUAGUGUUAUUGCUAGUUGUGAUGGGGUCACCGAGAGGGUUGGUUCAGGGGAUGAUUUCGGGUGGGGCUAGUCUGGCUGAUGGGUCGCCUAAUGCCUAAGGAUACAUACAUAGACGUGUUAAUAUGGGUGCGGGGGUAUUGUGUGCCAUAUUGUGUCGUUUACUUUUGUUCCUUUUCAGGAGUCAAUUGUUGGAGUGUGGGCCAGGCUGUGUUGUUUGGGAAGAAUCGAAAUGGACAGGUGGAUUGAAUCCCAUUGGAAGUUGAAAAGAGAUGGGGACGAUUAUGGGCCGGGUGGAGUUACUUUGUUUUCUUUUCUAUUCAUUUUUCCCCCUCGUCUUCAUCUACGAAUGGUUUGAGACCAGGUAUUUACAUCACGGGAAACCCCAUCGACCUCGACCGCAAACCUCGCCUUUACUUCAACCCCACAUGCCUAUUUACUACCGCGCAGAAAGUUGUUUUAUACACAGCAAUCGACAGCAGCAGCAGCAGCAGCAGGAAAGACCCCCCCCCCGAUCCCAGGCGAGUUUUUUACGCGACGUGUUAUGCAAUCGAUGGGAUGGAAUAGGAUGUUUGCCAGAUUAUUA